AUGAAGAAUAUAACUUUACCCUCUGACAUUAUCCUCCUGGGGCUUCCGGUGGACAAUAAAGCUAUAGGGAUCGUCUUUCCUGUUAUUUUUGCUAUUUUUGUGGUGGCUGUAACUGCAAAUUUGGUCAUGAUAGUCUUGAUUCAGGUCGACUCCCAUCUCCAUACUCCUAUGUAUUUCCUGCUCAGUCAGCUGUCCAUCAUGGACACCCUUUUCAUUUGUACCACUGUCCUAAAACUUCUGGUCGAUGUGGUUUCUAAAGAGAAGACCAUUUACUUUGUAGGUGGUGGCAUCCAGAUCUUCUACUACUUGACCAUGAUUGGCUCAGAGUUCUUCCUCUUGGGCCUCAUGGCCUAUGACUGCUAUGUGGCUGUCUGUAACCCUAUUAGGUAUCCAGUCCUGAUGAAUCACAGGGUGUGUCUCCUGCUGGCUGUUGAUGCCUGGUUUGGUGGGUCCCUGGAUGGCUUUCUGCUCACCCCCAUCACCAUGAAUGUCCCCUACUAUAGCUCCCACAGUAUCAACCAUUUUUUCUGUGAGAUCCCUGCAGUUCUAGCCUGUGCUGACACAUCCUUGUAUGAAACUCUAAUGUACAUCUGCUGUGUACUUAUGUUGCUCAUCCCCAUCUCUAUCAUUUCAACUUCCUACUCUGUCAUCUUGUUAACUGUCCACCGAAUGCACUCUGCUGAAGGCCAGAAGAAAGCCUUUACCACUUGCUCAUCCCAUUUAACUGUAAUCAGCAUUUUCUAUGGGGCUGCCUUCUACACUUAUGUUCUGCCCCAGUCUUUUCACACUCCUGAGCAGGACAAGGUAGUGUCAGCCUUCUAUACCAUUGUCACACCCAUGCUCAAUCUUCUUAUCUACAGUCUCAGAAACAAGGAUGUCAUGGGGACAUUACAGCAACUUCUUUCAAGAUAUGUCUCCAAA